AAAGAAAAACCGCGCUCACGUGCGCUCGUCUGUCAAUCAGCCCCGCGCGCCAUGCGCCUCACUCACAGGUGAUAUCUAUUAGGUUACCUCAAAUUGUGCAGUCGCGUUUGUUUGCGGACCGUCCACCGGGUUCCUCCCUGUCAGGGAUAUUUUUCUGUGGCGGUUUUGGCAAGCUGCAGUCAGCUUUGCAGAUGCUAUGUCUGAGCAGUAAGCAUGGCGGAAAAUCAUCUGGAGUACGGCUACCUCGAGGGCGAGUCCAUCGGAGAGCAAUUCACGGAGGACCCGGUGAGCAUGGGCUAUUAUUGUGCUGGCGAUGGGCAAAAAGCAGGUUUAACACGGGAGCUGCUGGCCAUCAAGGCCAGGGUGCAGGAGCUGGAGAUGGAAGAAGAGUCGGAAAGACUGAAGGAGGAGGAGAGGUGUGAUGCAGUGGACAUGCAGCUCCUGACCAGCAGCCCUCAGUCUGGACCUUUCUACAACAUGACUCCCGAGGAGAGGAUAGAUGCAGACAACAGGUCGAUCUAUGUUGGAAAUGUAGACUAUGGAGCCACUGCAGAUGAGUUGGAGAUCCACUUCAAUGGCUGUGGUCCUGUCAACAGAGUUACCAUCCUGUGUGACAGGUUCUCCGGCCAUCCUAAGGGCUUUGCUUACAUUGAGUUCUCCGAUCGGGAUUCUGUACAGAGUGCCAUUGGACUGCAUGAGACUCUGUUCAGAGGAAGAGUCUUAAAGGUUAUGCCCAAGAGGACUAACAUGCCAGGCAUCAGCACCACUGAUAGAGGAGGGCACAGAGGCGCCCACUCCAGAGGCAGAGGUCGUGGCUACCGUCCACCCCGAUACCAUAACAGCUCUCGAGGCAGGUUCCGUUACCAGUCGAACAGGCCACAACAUCAAACGCCCCACCCUUACUACGGAGGAGCCCCAGUGGGGAAAAGACAGUGGGGACACAUGGACUACCAUGAGCAGACGUCUAAACGUUACCCAUGUCUGCUGCUUAUCACGCCACCAUCAGAGGAGUUAGGGGCAGGGUCGAGUGGACAGCACUACCCCCAGCAGCGCUAGGUCUACCCGCAGCAUAAAGUUGGAGGAUAGAAGUGACACAAGUCAUUUUAAACAAAUUCUUCCAUCCAUUAUCAAGUUGGCAAUUAUGAGAGGUGCAUAAAUGACCACAGUGAUGAAGGUGAGAUGUGCAUAAUUCAGAGAUGUCGCUUUAUUAGCUUAUGUUGCUGUGAAUGCAUGGGACAAUCCUCGAAAUGUUAUGCAGUUGCAUUUGUUUUUACAAAUUGACGAGAAUGUUUUGUGUUGCUGCCUGCAAUGUAAUCUUCAAAUUUUCCCCUUAUGUAUAACUUAAGUUCUUUGCUAUGUAUGUGAAUAAAUAAAAAAUGAUCUGGUGUUC